AUGGCAGAGACCGACCCCACCACUCAAGACAUUGACGUCGAUGCCUUCGAUAUCAGCGAAUCCUUGGUCCCCGUAAGAGACCGCAAAGCCGCCGGUCACAGCACAGUCUCCUUCGGCGGUCUCCUCAAAGAGCCCCUCCUCCUGAAGGAGGACCUAAAAGAAGGAUGCGGGGGGCAGCUCUGGCCGGCGGGCAUGGUCCUCGCCAAAUAUCUCCUGCGACAACGCCGCGCUGACCUGGUGAACAAGCAAAUGUCGGUUUCUGUCGCUUCGCGCGUCCUCUUCCCCCUCCCCCGUUGUCGCUGUUCAGUAGAGCUAGGCGCCGGUGGUGGCCUGGUGGGACUGGCCGUGGCGCUCGGCCAGAGGGACGAUGCGUCCCACCCUGCGACUGACGAAUCUAAAGAGGCGGUCCGUUGCCCGAUACACAUCACCGACCAAGUCCCGAUGCUGUCGUUAAUGGAGACGAAUAUCGAACUGAACGGCCUCGCCUCCUCGCCCCUGCCCUCCGACAUCCCAACGCACCCAUCUAUAAUCCUGGCCGCCGACUGCGUCUACUUCGAACCGGCCUUUCCGCUGCUGAUUGAGACGCUCAAGCACCUCAUGGGCCCCGACUCCGUGUGUUAUUUCUGCUUCAAGAAGCGUAGACGAGCUGAUAUCCGCUUCAUGAAAAUGGCAAAGAAAGCCUUCGAUAUCCAAGAGAUCCGCGAUGACCCCGACGCAGAGACGUACAGUCGAGAGAAUAUCUUCCUCUAUACGUUCCGUUUGAAACAGCGCAAAGGAACGGAGGGGAGCGAGAGCAUGCCUGAUAUGAACAUAGACAAUGAGACGCUAGACUAG